GCAAACCUCGCCCUGACGCUUAAUCUCCGAGCAGCAAAGGUUAGACGAGUAAGGCUACGGUGCAGCAAACAACGGACUACAAGAACGACCUCCUUCGCUCCAUUCCCCCGUUCAAUCUUCAAUGACCCUGCUUCGCAAUGUCUUCACCACAGCAAGGAGCUUAUAAGCCGCGCACGAAGAAGCCGAAGGCCACUCGCUCCGUCUCGUUUUCCCUGCCUGCUCUACCGUUUCCCCUGGCCUCGUUUUUGCACCCGCUUCGCUCGGCUUCGUCCCAAUGGCUCGUUCUGCCCGUGCUACUUAUGGUUUCGAUUCUGUUCCGAUGGGCCGUUGGGUUGGGCUCUUAUUCCGGUGGGCUAAGCUGUCCUGUUUCCCCGUGGUCCCGGGGGUAUUCUUCUCUUUUCGCUGACGGAGGGACAUGUAGGAAUGGCGGCACCACCGAUGCACGGUGACUUUGAGGCUCAGAGGCACUGGAUGGAAGUCACGACGAACCUGCCCACGAAGGAAUGGUACUGGCAUGAUUUGGAGUGGUGGGGGUUGGAUUAUCCUCCACUCACGGCUUACCAUAGCUGGCUUCUUGGAGUAAUGUGUGAAUCCACUCGAUCACGUGCUGGGGGCUAUCAGGCUGAUGAAGAUGUGGUCUAGUGGCGGGAUGAUCGAUCCUAAUUGGUUUGUGCUUUUCGACUCUAGAGGAUUGGACGAUGUCGCGUUGAAGACCUUCAUGAGAGCUACUGCGUUGGCCUCCGAGCUCCUGACCUAUGUGCCGGCGGUGGUAAUUUUUGUCCGGAUCUUUGGCAGGCAGGCGGACUUGAGCAAAUAUGAUAAGGUAUGAGGGUACGCGUUUAUUGGGGGCUUCCGGAGGCUAACAUUGAUAGGGGGUCGCUCUUGCGGCGAUUCUUAUGCAGCCGGCUCUCAUGAUUAUUGAUCAUGGACACUUUCAGUAAGCCGACAUCUUUGCUGAGCUUGCUGGCAUAGCUUUCUGACGCCUGCGGCCCAUCGAUAGGUACAACUCGGUCAUGCUUGGAUUUGCUCUUUCAGCGGUUGAUUGCUUUAUUACCGAUCACAUUUACUGGGGCUCGUUCUUCUUCGUCCUGUCCUUAUCCUUCAAGCAGAUGGCGCUUUACUACGCACCCGUUAUCUUCGCCUAUCUUCUCGGACUCUGUGUGCAUCCCAACAUCAACAUUCCAAGACUCAUGCUUCUAGGAGCCACUGUCAUUGUCAGUUUUGGUCUUGUGUUUGCGCCGCUGGUAGUCUUUGGAGGAAAGGAGCAGAUUGCCCAAUGUCUGUUCCGUGUGUUUCCAUUCGCCAGAGGGCUCUGGGAAGACAAGGUCGCAAACUUCUGGUGCGCCGCCAAUGUACUCGUCAAGUUCCGGGAGAGGUUUGAUUCGGGCUUGCUCCAAAAAACUAGGUAGGAUAUACUCGCCCUUCCGCUUUAGCUCGACUAAUAUUAUUUUGUAGUCUCGUUGCCACAUCAGUGGCGAUCCUCCCACCCUGCUUGAUACUGUUCUUCAAUCCCCAAAAGAGGCUGCUACCAUUGGGACUUGCGGCUUGUGCAUGGGGUUUUUUUCUGUUUUCGUUCCAGGUCCACGAGAAGAGUGUUUUGUUGCCAUUGGUGCCCACCACUCUCGUGCUUGCCGGAAAUCUGGACAAGAAUACUGUUUCCUGGGUUUCGUGGAUGAACAACGUUGCUAUGUUUAGGCGGGUCCUGCCAAUUUCCUUAAGGUGUGCUUGUUCACUAACUUGUGUAACCAGCAUGUGGCCAUUACUCCGCCGUGACGGACUCCAACUGCAGUACGCUGUCCUCACAUUACUCUACGCCUGGCUAAUGGGCACCUUUGAGCAUCUUCCAAAACACUGGUUUGGAAAGUUAGUCCACGUGGGAAGUUAUAUUGCCAUCCUAGUCAUUCAUCUUGCGGAAGCCUUCUUAUUCAAAGGCCUUCUACGUGAAUACCCAGACCUAUGGGUGGUGGUCAAUGUUGAGAUCUCCUUUGGCUGCUUCACUGUGGCUUGGGUGUGGGUCCUCUGGCGACUCUGGAAAGAGAGCAGAAAGGGAAAGAAGAAGCCAAAGAGGGAA